CUCGCGCGUACUUCACGUGUAAGCACGUGCCUUUAUUAAUUUGUUCAUAUGUUGUCACGUGGUGCAUAUAAGGUCUUGCGCAAGCAUUCGACGAAACUCAUUCAUUUUGACGUCCAAUCGACUCCUUCACUGCCUUGCAAUGUCGUCACACGGCAAAGAUGCUGCACCCCUUUACAUCGACUCAGCAACUGUUGCAGAACUCCUCAAACCAGAUGAGUUGAUGUCUGUGGUAGAAACAUCACUUAUCGAUUUCUCCAGACGAGACGGAAGCGUCGUUCAACCAGUUCGCACUACCGUUCCAGUGGAAGAACACAAAGGGCUUUUGUAUAUGAUGCCUGGUUACAGCAGAAAUGCGUCAAGUUUGGCCACCAAAUUUGUAGCAUUCUUUCAAGACAAUGCCGACAAAGGGUUACCAAGUCAUAUGGCAAAGAUAGUUCUAUUCGACCCUUCGACAGGCAGAGUCUUAGCUCUUAUGGAUGGUGGCGUAAUGACUGAGUUGAGGACUGCAGCAGCUUCAGCUGUUGCAACCAAGUAUCUUUCAUCUAAAAAUGCAGCCGUUCUUGCAAUACUUGGCUCUGGUGCACAAGCUCACAGUCAUGUGAAAUUACUUAAACUUGUUCGAGAUUUCAAAGAGAUUCGUGUGUGGAGUCCUACAUUGUCUCACAUGCAGGCUUUUGCACAGGAAGUUGGCGCUGUUGCUUGUGGAUCUGCAGAAGAAGCUGUACAUGACGCUGAUGUUAUAGUGACUGUUACUAGUGCAGCUGAACCAGUCUUGUUUGGUAAAUGGGUCAAACCAGGUGCUCACAUUAAUGCUGUUGGAGCUUGUCGAUCAACAUGGAGAGAGCUUGAUGACGAAGUGAUGCUGACAUCUACAGUUGUUGUGGAUAGCCGAGAAGGUGCUGUGAAGGAAUCCGGUGAUAUCAUAUUGUCUAAGGCAACAAUUGCUUGUGAACUCGGGGAAGUAGCAAGUGGUGCUGUCACUGUUGAUGCUACUCGUACAACUCUUUUCAAGUCUCUUGGAAUGGCUGUAGAAGACGUUGUUUCUAGCAAACUUGUAUAUGACAGAUUUAUGGCCCAGCAGAAGGCAGGUGACUUAUAGAAUGGCUCUUGUAUGGAACUCUUGCUCUACCAGGUUUAUGUACAUGCAUGACGGCGGAUCCAUGUCCUCAUUAUCAAUUAUUUUGUCACUAGAGGAGGUACACGUACAGUAGAGUAUCUGCUUACAUGUAACUACAGCAGUCUGACUCAAUGCUUGCUACGUGGUUGAACAGAUGAUCUCUCAGCCAUAGUGAGGUGUCUUCA